AUGUUUUUCACUACACCUGUCUCUACGAGUCCCUACCCUCUCAACUGCCAUCUCUGCUACCGCCCCACAGUCUCAUUCGCUGUUAGUACUCGUGCUGCCCAGUAUCUUGGGGAGCAACGUGAGCGUGCAUGGGCUUUGCGGUACCAGCAGGAGCUUGUGAACCAGCCUACCCUAAUUGCUCUUCUUGCUCAAGAAUACGAUGAAUUUCCCGACCAGCAGCGCAUGAUGGACAUCUUAUGUGCCUGUACGCCACAGGAUGAGGAUCAAAUCGGUGGUACCAUGGCCCGCCAGCACGCUGAGAUGCGCAGGAUGCGAGAGUUGCAGCAUUUUGCUGCUUUGCAGGCCCACAUCGAGGAGGAACAAGGUUUUGCCCGUCACCGUGCAAAUGCUGAGAAAUUCCUCGCAGAAGCUGAAGCCUCCCUCAGUGAAUUUCUACCUCCGGAUCGGGAACCAUACCUCAAUAUCUUUCAGCCUUUCGACCUGCCUGAUGUUUCUGUCCGCACUUCCACCUCCAAGGUCAUCGUAAAGGAUGAGCCUUUGCCUAAGGACGUGAUUGAGGGCUGUGCUAUGACAGAAAACUGUGUUGUAGCAGAGUACCGGUUUGAAGAACGCGAUACGCUCCAGUCGGUCUUUGACCGUCUCUCUGCAGGCACUUCGACCGAAGUUCCUAUUGAACGCGUUCCUGUACCAUCCACUGCCGCGGAGACUUCUAGUUCCAUGUAG